CACUCGUCAAUAAAGAACCAAGCGAACUAACUCAAAAUCACCAUGGGCACAACUGAUGUGUCGGAGGAGGAUCUGUCGGCGCCAGAAGAGGAGGAGGAUUUGGGACCCAACAUAGGACUUUAUAUAGGCGGACGUAAUGCGGCCGGCCAGAGACACGGACGAGGUUGGGCCAUCCUGCCCAACGGGGAUCAGUACGACGGGAACUACCGCAAGGGUCGCCGCCACGGCAUCGGGCUGUACGUGUUCAAGGACGGAUCCCGGUACUAUGGACAAUACCGUUGCGGCAAACGCUGUGGGCGUGGCAUCUUCAUCUAUCCGGACGGAUCCGUCUACGAGGGCAACUGGCGCAAGCACAUGAAGCACGGCAAAGGGCGAUACAACUACGUAAAUGGGGACACAUACUCGGGUGACUGGUUCAAGGGUCAACGCCACGGAGUCGGAAUCUACCGCUUCAACAGCGGCACAGAUGGCUGUUGCCUAACCGUGAGAUUGAAGUCUACCUGGAACAGCAACCUAAGAACGGGUCCCUUUGAGCUGUACAUCGGCACUGAGGACAAGUGCACCGUACUCCACGGAAUUUGGGACUCGCUUUAUCCAAGUGGACCGGCCGUGUUCAGUUUUAACAAUCGGUAUUUGCUGCUGGGCUACUUCCUGCCUGCCAACUACAAUUUCAAUGCGCUCGGCAACAUGGACGAAAUGGAGUAUCUUGAGGAGCGGUUGGACGAUGAGCAGGACACUGAAUCGCCAAUGGCACCCACCCUUUGGUUCGCCCAGGAGAUCGCCGUCUACGACUUCUCGCUGCUGCCCCAGGAGCCCGUUCCCCUGGCCAUUUCCGACUCGGAGCUGUCCGUCUGCUCACUCUCCACUGUGCCGAGUGUCCGCAGCGAGGAGAAGAUCAGCUGGUACGGCGAGGGUGAGGAGGCCGAGGGCGAGGAGGGCGGCGAGAUGGAGUGCUUCCCCUGCGAGUGCGAUCUCACCGAUCUCAGCGAGGUGGAGACGGAGAGCGAGGUGUGCAAGAUCGACGCCAAUCCCUGUUGCAUCGAGAUCCUCAAGCAGCCAGAAUGCCCCGAUCCCUAGGAGUGCAGCUUCUUUUCCUCAGUCUUUCGUUAUCGUUAUUUUAUGUUUCCUGCAAAAAAAUCGAGAAUAUAUAAACAAAUUUUAAAUGCAAUUAAAAAUAGGAAAAGGA